AGUCCCUUCUUCUGCAUCUGCGAGGAUGGAAGCCCGGAAGGAGACCUCCAUCCUCCUCCUCGUGGCCUCUCUCGUGGCCUUUUCCCACGCCUUCUUCGAGAUCCCUGUCUUUGGGGACGUGGACCUCACAAAGCUGGCCGGGAAGUGGUACCCGGUGAUGACGGUCAAGCGGGACCCCAGCGAGAAGCCCACCUACGCCCACACGAUGGAGCCCUUGGAAGACGGGGACGUCCUGGUGAAGGUGGAGAUCCCUCAGAAAGGCGGCUGCGUCCUGAAGAAGGUCUCUUUGUCCACCGUUGGGCCCGGGGUCUUCAGCGCCCUCGGGGGCCAGGUGGUGCUGAUGGACACGGACUACACCACCUAUCACUUCGUCUACUCCACCACGGGAGAUGCGCUCGAACUGCACCUUUACGGUACGCCUCCCUUCGUCUGUACUACGCCUCCCAAACGAAUUGGAGAAGUGGGAAGGGUGUCCCAGUGA